CACUUAUUUAUUAAACCAUACAAAAAUGGCCACUCAACCUCCCCAAUCUACCCCUAUCACUGUCUCUGAACUCGCCAAAUAUAAUGGCUCUGACCCUUCUCUCCCCAUUUACGUGGCUAUCAAGGGUGAUGUUUUUGAUGUCUCAAAGAACACCAGUUCCUAUGGUCCUGGUGCUGGCUACAGUGUGUUCACCGGUAAAGAUUCUUCAAAGGCUCUUGGAAAGUCAUCAUUAAAGCCUGAAGAAUGUAUUGCUGAUUACAGUGAUCUCACUGAAAAGGAAUUAGAAACCUUGGAACAAUGGCACGCUUUUUUCUCUAAAAGAUAUAACAUUGUCGGAAAAGUUGUCCCCGAUAAUUAAAUAAAAUAAAAAUAAAAACAUACGCCCAUACAUUUUUGACGAAUUGAAUUAAGCGUGAAAACUGUUCCCUGCCUGUCUGGAUUUAAAGUCUUAAACUGUGCGAGUUCCUCCCCUCCCCUUCUGACCAA